UUCGGAGGAUAGACAACUGCAAAAGUCCUCCACAACUUUCUAUACGUGGUCAAACGUGGAACUCCAGUAGCUUCUUGCCCUAAUACAUACGGCAGCAAGUCGUGGCUGUCUUGAAUCCUUUCUGAAGAUAUAAAAUAACAUGCCCUCAUUUACUUCAAGAUAACAUAAGGCCUCGCAGAGAAGCUCAUCUAAACGUUUUAUAAGUACGGUAGAUGCUUGCAUUGUGGAUCUAAUGAAAACGAAAAGUGUGCGUCUCCUGCUAAAAGUUACUGGGAAGUGUUAAAAGUCCCCAAGCUGAGGAGGGUCUAAUUUCUGGAACUACAAAGUAGAAGGGGAGCAAAGGAUUCUUCUGUAUCAUUUUGCCAAGAUGGGAAGCAAAGCUCUACCAGCGCCUAUACCACUCCACCCUCCACUCCAGCUGACCAACUACUCCGUCCUUCGAGCUGUCAACACCUUCCCAGCUGCAGCGAUGGACCAGCUGCAAGGCCUGUAUGGACUGAGUGCAGUACAGACCAUGCAAAUGAACCACUGGACACUAGGUUUUCCCAAUAUGCACGGAAUCACAAGGUCUACCAUAACAGAAAUGGCAGCUCAGGGGCUGGUUGACGCCAGGUUCACCUUCCCAGCACUACCUUUUGCUGCACACCUCUUCCAUCCUAAACAAGGCACCCUCGCUCAUGUCAUUCCAACUCUGCAAAAAGACAGACCGAGGUUUGACUUUGCUAACCUUGCUAUUGCCGCUACCCAGGAAGACCCACCAAAACACGCUGAACUUGCUAAGCUAAGGUCUGGACUUGGAAGCCCACUUUCAGAAAUCAGCAAACUGUCCCCAGACAGAAAACCAUCAAGGGGGAGGCUACCUUCCAAAACUAAAAAAGAAUUCAUUUGCAAAUUCUGUGGCAGACAUUUUACAAAGUCAUAUAAUUUGCUUAUUCACGAAAGAACACAUACCGAUGAAAGGCCUUACACUUGUGACAUCUGCCAUAAAGCAUUCAGACGGCAAGACCACCUUAGGGACCACAGAUACAUUCAUUCCAAAGAAAAGCCAUUCAAAUGCCAAGAGUGUGGGAAAGGAUUCUGUCAGUCGAGGACAUUAGCAGUGCAUAAAACAUUACAUAUGCAGGAAUCUCCACACAAAUGUCCUACAUGUGGAAGAACAUUUAAUCAAAGAAGUAACCUGAAAACUCACCUUCUUACCCAUACAGACAUCAAGCCGUACAACUGUGAGCAGUGUGGCAAAGUGUUCCGGCGAAAUUGUGACCUGCGACGACACAGUUUGACCCAUACCCCUCGGCAAGACUACUAGACCAGACAUCUUGAUCUCUACCAUCUGAUUUUGUAUGGACUAGUUCUGUUAAAGGACUGACAUUUCUAAAGCUAAAUCAAAUUACAUAUAUGCUAUUGGAAAAUCUGUAUAUAUUAUAGCUCAUUUUAGAGCUCUGUAAAUACUGUUUUAUACUGACAUUUUAAAUUCAUAUUAUAGAUUUUUUUCCAACCCAUAUGCUAAAAAGUAUCUUUUGGAAAUAAAAACUACUCAUUGCUUAGAAGUGUUUGCACUUUAUGUGAAUGUCUGUUAACUGUUUAGAUACCUGUACACUACAAAUAUUAAAGCAAAAAUAAUGCAAAAAACAGUGGCAACAAACAGGAGACAGAUAUUUUAAAAUUUACUGUUGAUCUUUCACCAUGUUAGGGCUUCUUUGGCCUACAAGUCUGAGUAUUAAAAAUUUGCACACAUCUAUGAUAAAUAUGAACUUAUAAAAAUUCAGUCAUAUGGCAGAAUUAAUUAUGCAGUCAUUUUCAGAUGUGAUUGUUUACAGAUAGAUGGGUUUAGCUAGAAUAAAAUAUAGUUUUUUUUAAUUUAGUUUAUGUUAAUUUAUUU